AUGGCAGGAGUGAACGGGGAUCGGAAAGGCAAGAAAGAUGACAAUGGCCUGGGCACUGCCAUCGACUUUGUCCUCUCCAAUGCUAAGCUGGUGCUUGGAGUGGGCGGGGCAGCCAUGUUGGGCAUUGCAACGCUGGCAGUCAAACGAAUGUAUGACCGGGCCAUCAGCGCCCCAUCCAGCCCCACGAAGCUGGAGCCGUCGGGGAAACGCAGCUGGGAGGAGCCCAGCUGGCUGGGGUCCUCUCCACGCACCCUCAACCGCGACAUGAAGUCCACGGUCAGCCGCUCGCUGCAGACGCUGCCCACCUCUGCCAACUCCUUUGAGCCAGACCUGAUGCGUCGUGCUGCGGGUCGCAAUGCCCAUGAGCAGGUGGGCCUGGCGCGGGCACGGAUGCGCCUCUCGCUGCAGGAGCACCUGUGGGCGUUCUUCCGCGAGCGAGUGGCCAUCCCCGCCGAGGAGCAGGCCGUGGCUCGCCGCGCCGCACUGGACAUCUGCUCCGAGCUCCGCGUCUUCCUGCACGCCAAGCUGCCCGACAUGCCGCUCCGCGAGAUGUACCUGAGCGGCAGCCUCUACGACGACCUCCAGGUGGUGACCGCCGACCACGCCCAGCUGAUGGUGCCCAUGAUCCUGGAGAAGAACUUGUGGUCGUCGGUGCCGGGCGAGGACACCAUCAUGAACGUCCCCGGCUUCUGGCUGGUGCGGCGGGAGAACCUGGAGUACUUCCCCAGGGGCAGCAGCUACUGGGACCGCUGCAUGGUGGGCGGCUACCUCUCCCCCAAGAGUGUCCUGGAGGUGUUUGAGAAGCUGGUGGCCGGCACCAUCAACUGGCCGGCCAUCGGCAGCGUGCUGGACUACGUGAUCCGGCCCGUGGUGCCGUCGGAGACGCUGACGCUGGAGGUCCAGUAUGAGACGGACCGGCGCCUCUACGUGGACUUCCUGCCGUUGCUGGUGAUGGACGACGGUGCGUCGCUCAUCGCCAAGCCCCACCGGCUGGCGGCCGAGCGGCACGAGAACCUGUGGCGGCAGAGCUUCCGCGUGGCCGAGACGGCCCGGCUGCGCGCGCUGGACCAGGAGGACGGCGGCUGCCGCUGCGCCUGCCUGAAGGUGGCCAAGGCCGUGUGCAAGCUCAACCCGGCGCUGGGCAGGCUCAACGCCAGCCAGCUGACCAACUCGCUGCUGCUGCUGAGCGAGCACGAGGGCGACUGGACGCAGGAGGCGCUGGCCGACCGCUUCAUCAGCCUGCUGCGCUCGCUGGUGGGACACCUGGAGGCCGGCCGGCUGCCCUGCGCUCUCUACCCCCGGGUCAACCUCUUCUGCGAGCUCACGCCCCUGGAAGUGGACGAGCUGGGCUACACGCUCUACUGUGCCCUCUCCGACCCCGAGAGCCUGCUUAGGACUGGCCUACAGGAGACUGACCAACCAUAGCAUGGCGUCUGAGGUGCUGCUGGUGCGUACGUCUGUUGCCAUGGAAACGGGCCGUGAAGGUGCCAGCCUUAAAGCUUAAAAACAUCGGACUCAUUUACUCUGUGGUUGGCUUGCGCCCUGGUACAGCUCACUCUAAAAGCAGCCAUCUGCAGUAAGAGAGAGGCAGCAUCUGUGUAAAGCCCAUGUAAAUGUCUAUGGGAGUCAUCACAGUGCCCUCUUGUGUAUUCUAAAGGUAAUGCAAUAGAAUCAUACUCUCUUGUAAGAACCAUAUAAAAGAAUAAAAUGCCCCUCAGCCAACUGAGAAAGUAGCAGAGGCCCCUUUGUGUCCACAGAAAACACCGUUCUGAGGCUAAUCAGAAUCUCAUGGACCACUUUUUCUUUUCUACAUGUGUCACCAUCUAUAUUUUGUACUGAUGUUUUAAAGAUCUGCAGUAGAAGCAAUCGCAGCUAAACCAUGCAAUGAGAGACUAUGGGGGACACGCUGCCUAAUUUGUAUGACCUCUUGACUUCCUUGCGCCCUCAUAUCAGUACACACACACACACACAGCAGACACACACUGUGAUGAGUGAGUGUUUUGUGCACUGUUUCUGUCAGAGCUACUGGAGAUGUUAAGCACUAUGUGAGAUGGAAUAUUUAAUCGAUGGCAAAUUCCUAAUUGAUUGGUGGGUGUGAGUUUGCUGCAAGGCAGAUGGGGGGCUCGUAUUCUAGCAGUGGUCUACAGUGGGUCGAACAAGCUCAUGUUUUGGGAUGUCUUUCUGGUCCUGCAUGGGCUUAGAAGAGAUGCUAUUUUAAACUGUUCCAUGUUUUGUUCGUGUCUUUCAAAGCGCGUCAGCGCCUAUAUGAGAUGACAGUGGAAGCUGCAUGGAUAUGAACGAUGUUGUCACCGUUCUCACGUGACGGGCUGCCUUCUCUCUUACCCACAGGCGUUUGAUUAGUCAAAUUCCUUUCGGUGACCCGGGAGGCUCAAGAAGUCAGGAGGAGAGGACUUGCUUGUUUACAAGCUCUGAGACGGGUCCUUGUUUCCCAGAAAGGGAACUAGUGUUGAGUGUCAGUGGGCUUUUGGGUCGGACUCAGGCUCUUUAGCCUGGUCUUUCUGUUGGCCUGAACCACCACAGCAGUCUAAUGACUUGAUUUUUUUUUUUUCUGUUUCUUUGCUUUUUUUUUUGUCCAAUUUUUUUCCUCCCUUUUUUUUCCUGAAGUCAUCGUUUUAGAGCUCGUCUCUUAAAAUGAAUAAACUGAUGUUGAUUA